AUGAAUAAUCCUUGGGUUGUGACGUCCUUGGAGUUCCAACAAAAUGAAAUCCAGUUCAUUACCUUAAAGCCGAUUGAUGGAUAUCUAAAUGGAGAACAAGCUCGAGGAUUCAUGCUGAAAAGUGGACUACCGCCUAAUGUGUUGGCACAGGUAAACUUUUUUUGUUCUUUUGAUUUUAGGUUUUAAAAGGGGAUUUAAAACUGGAGGUACACUUGAGAUAGGUACUACAACAUGAUUUGGUCAUAACUUUUUGCAAAGUUUAUUAAAGCAUUUGAAGUUUUUACUGAGUGUGAACACUAUAAUUGACUAGCUACUAGAAAAAUAUUUUCAAUUUUUUUUUAAAUUUUAAGUUACAGUACUUUUACUGCGGCUCUAGAAUAAGGUAGAAUUAAUAUCUUUUUUUGGUUUUUAGGCUUUAAAAAAGUUAAAAAUAGCUUAACUUCUCUCAUUAUGGGUUGACACCUGUUAUAACAUUCAAUUUUUAGGUAUGGAACCUGGCGGAUAUGAACAAAGACGCCCGUUUGGACAAAAUCGAAUUUGCCAUAGCUGUCAAAUUGAUUCGAAAUGCUUUGUCCGGCAUCCCUGUGCCAAAUAUUCUACCAGAGUCUAUGAAAACCAUUCAGCAAGCCCCUCCACAGCCUUAUGUUCGGCCUCCAGCUUAUGGUAUGCCUCAGAUGCCACAACCGUACAUGGGAGGACCUCCACCACAACCUCCAUCUCAACCCGAGUUCACGAUGGGGACGAAAGAGCUGGGCGACUGGUCGAUGCCUCAUAAUGUGAAGCUGAAGUAUUCCCAGCGAUUCAAUCAGCUCGAUAAAGAGAGGAAGGAUUAUUUGACUGGUCAACAAGUUCGUGGAAUAAUGGGAGAAAGCCAGCUGCCAACCCAGAUUUUGGGUCAAAUUUGGAAUUUGGCCGAUAGUCAGAAGGAAGGCUACUUAACGAUUGAGAAGUUUUGUGUAGCAAUGUUUCUGAUUGAUCAAGUGAAGGCUGGAUAUGCUCUACCGACUAAACUACCACCAGAGCUUGACACUUUUGCUAGUCGAUGUAAAACUGAAUCACCAGCGGUUACUCCAGGAGAAGAUCCACCUCAGAAGACACCAACUUUGAAGACUUUUGAGGACAAACGAAGAGAUAACCUGGACAAAGGUGAGGCAGAGCUGGAGAGACGACGUCAGAUUCUUCGUGAAGAAGAGGAACGACGAAAGAUGGAAAUCGAACGGCGUGAACGUGCUGAAGCCGAGAAACGUGAACAGGAGCGGAUGGAGCAGGAGAGGAUCAGGCAGGCUGAACUCGAAGUUCAACGACAGAAGGAGAAAGAACUUGAGGAACAGAGAGCGGCCGAAGAAGCCAAGUUGAAGGCUGAGAGGGAGGAACAGAGGAAGAAGGCGGAUGAGGAGAGGAUGAAGUUGUUGGAGCAGAGACAUGUCAAGGAUUUGGAGGUAUGGGAAGGGGAUUUUUUUGAGUAAAAAAAGAUAGGUUUUGGUAACAAAGGAUGGAAAUUAUGGUGGAAAUGAAAGUAAUAUUAGGUAGUUCGGAAAGUAAUGAUCCCUUUUGGGUGAAGUUUUUAAUGCACCAGAAGCACUAAAAAUUCCUACUUUCAGACUCAACUACAAGGCGAAAAAGAAAAGACAACUCAAAUUCAGCAACGUCACAAAACGAUGACAUUCCAACUUCAAGGUCUCGAGGAGAAGGCGACACAACUAACUCAAGAUUCAAAUGCGGCUAGAGACGAGAUCAUUGCCAUUACCAGUGAAAUUGAAGCGAUGCGUGGCCAACGAGAUGAAAAAGUGGCCAAAAUUCAGGAACUUCAGGCCAAAAAUCAGCAAGUAGGCAAAAAUGUUACCUAAAAUGUCAUAUCUUGAGUGAUUGUUACCUAAAAUACUAUUUUUUAUGAGGUUUUUAAGAGUUUUGUCGAUUUUGCAUUGGAAAUGAGAGUUUUUUGAAAUUUUGUUACCUAAAACAAUAUUAUUUUAGCUAGCAGUCCAAUGUGAACGAGUAUCUCACAGCAAUCUGCAACUUCAAACUGAAUGUCAAAAAAGCUUGUCAAGGGUGAAAGAAAUUGCACAAAUUCGAAUGUUGAUCAGCGAUCGCAGAGAACAGAUUCAGAAGCUAAAGGACGAGAUGAGUGACGCUACACAAAGACUGGAGCAUCAGAAGAAGCUGGUUAGCGAGGUAAUUAAAUUUUUUUGAGUUUAGGUAUAACUAGUCUGCUUAUCUACAACCCCUAUUCCUAGUCUUUUCUCGAUGUCUACCCCUACCUUACACAACCUUCUUCCUUUUCAGUUACUUUACCCAUUUAUAACAUUUUCAAUUUUUCUACAAUAUCUGUCAUUUUUAAUUGAAAUCAAUUCAAAUUCCAGAAAAAACCAGACUUUGACGCAGGCGAAGACCGCCUAAAGAAGCUGGGCGACGUCUACAAUGAAAUGUUGGCCAAGUUCGUGGCCAAACAGAACGAACUUUACAAGAAGGUCAGCGAAAAGCGACGUGCCCAAGUUCCACCGAUGAACUUCAACAACAAAAGCGACAACAACUUUGCUCCCAACUUCAAUUCCAACAACUUUGGCGACGCUUUCGGCCAAAAAGAAGCGGCCUUCAACGCGUUUCCAAAGCAAAAUGACCUUUACGAAGCUCCGCCUGAUGCCAACGCUUUCCAAACCAACUUUGAUGAUCCAUUCGCGGCCAAGGCUAAUGAUCCAUGUAAGUAGAGGAGAAAAAAAAGGAGGGGGGGGGGGCUGAUUAAAUCUGGCCCGGGGCCGGGUUGAAGCAAGUUUGAAACGAAUCAGGCCGGCGCUUGUGAGCUGGAGGGCCGGGCUUAAAUGGAGGUUCCAGAGGCUCAGCUUAGGUAUUGCAGCGAAAGAUUUUUGAUUUUUAGGCAGCAAAAUGUCAUUUUAUGACACAUUUUAGAAUAAAAUGUCAUUUUGUGACAUAUUACGGGGUAAAAUGUAACUUAUGACACAUUAUAUGAUAAAAUGUUAUUUUAUGACAUAUUUUAGAAUAAAAUGUCAUUUUAUGACAUAUUUUUGAAUAAACAGGAAUUUUAUGACAUAUUAUAUCAUAAAAUGUCAUUUUGUGACGUAUUGUAGGAUAAAAUGUCAUUUUAUGACAUAUUUUCUAAUAAAAUAUCAUAUUAUGACAUUUGGCAUCAAAAAAUCUUAUUUUGAACCAUCAUUUGGUAAAAUAUGUCAGUUCAUGACAUUUUAUUUUAAAAAUGUCAUGUUAUGACAUUUUAUAAUAAAAAUGUCAUUUCAUAACACAUUUUAAAAUAAAGUGUCAUUCUACAACACAUCUCAUUAAAAACAACAUUUCAGUCGCCCCCUCAGUACAAUCCACCCAAUCCUCUCAUGCCAUAGCUCAAAACGCUUCGGACAAACCUCCAGUCAAGUACCGUGCUCUCUACGAAUUCGUCUCCAGAUCCGACGAUGAAUUGUCGCUACAACCGGGCGAUACGAUUCUCGUUUUCGAAGGCCACGCCUCGGAACCAGGCUGGUUGGCAGGGCAGAUCAAAGAAAAAGUGGGCUGGUUCCCGGCCGCUUUUGCCGAACCCAUGGCCAAAAAGACUAGCCCAAUCCAGAAUUCAACAUCAGCCUCACCCUCGACCGAACCAUUGGCUAGUAUUAAAGAGGAACCGACUGAGAAGGAAUUCAGCUCGGAAUUAGGUAGGGCUUUAUAAUGUUUUUUUAAAUUAUGAUGAGGGGGGGGUUUAUUUUUUCAUUGAGAAGGCAGGUGUGGAUUUCAGUCUUUUAUGAGGCAGGGGUGGAUUUUAAAAUGUUUUUUUUUGUUAGGCAGGGGUGAAUUUUAAAGGCUUUUUUAUUAGGCAGGGGUGGAUUUCAAUUUUUUUUAUAUCAGGCAGGGGUGGAUUGUAAGGCUUUUUAUUAGGCAGGGGUGGUUUUCAAGCAUUUUUAUAUUAGGCAGGGGUGGUUUUAAAUUUUUUUUAGUUUUGCAGGGGUAGAUUUUAAAAUUUUUUUUAUGAGUCAGGAGUGGAUUUUCAAGGUUUUUUAUGAGACAGAGGAGGAUUUAAAGUGUUUUUUUUAUUAGGCAGGGGUAAAUUUUUUAAUUUUUUUGUUAGGCAUUGUAUACUAAAGUCUUUUGUUAAACUUUAUCUAAAAUACUUUUUUGUUUUAUAAAACGUUACCUAAAAUAUUACUUUUUUAAACUCGUGAACCAUUUCAACUAUAACACGCCUUAUUUCAGCCUCAGCAUUCAAAUCCGAAACCCCCCACCGCCCAACCCCCAUCCUCAAUGUACGACGCCCCACCAGGCGACGUCUCCCCUCAGAAGCCCACUGCUCCUCAGGCGAUCACGAAUGA